UUAGCCCCUCCACGCAAAUAUCAUUUAUCAACACUUUUCUUCUGUCUCUUCUGCAAUUCUUUCUCUCUCCUAGGGCUUUUUUCUGUGUCUCUCUGCGUUUCUUCUCUUCUAUCUCUCCGUCCAACCGACGACGACGACCAUGGCUCAGGAGGCUCAGAAUGGGGGCGCCAGGAACGGUGGUUCCAAACAGGUGACAUUCUCGGCGUUGAAGCCUCAGCUGUUCGUGGAAGCUCCCAAAGCCAAAGAUGCCGUUCAGUUCUACAAAGCAGCCUUUGGCGCUGAGGAGGUGAACUGCAUCAUGCACCCAAAGAGGAAGGCGGAGCAGGAGCUCCCUCUUGUCCUAUCGGCUGAACUCAAGCUCGGAUCCUCCUCUUUUCUCGUCUCUGACCUCGCUGAUGACUCUUCUGCCCCGAUCAAAACUCCCGGAAGCGGAUUCGUGAUUUGCCUGGAAACUGAGGACGUGGAAGGCGCCGUGGCGAAUGCGGUGAAUGCCGGUGCGGUAUCUGAGGGGGAAGUCGUCACGGAGGGUGAUGGCGCGUGCUGCGGCGGACGCGUGGGGAAAGUGAAGGACCCCUAUGGCUUGGUCUGGCUGAUUUGCGCUCCCGCCCAGAAGGUUGCUGAGGGGGGGGAGGCUUGAGCGUCUCCCAUAACCAUUUCUGACUAUUGUUGUGUUAUGCCUUUGUUUUUUGUGUUUUAACUCUAAUCUGUUGCUGAAGAAGGGGGUAGUAAUAGUAGUUUAGUAGUAGUAGCUAGUGGCGGUGGCGGAAGACGAAUAGCCUGAAUUACUUGCUACUUACGGGUCAUGAUGUUGACGAAGAGGUUGGUUCCGCUGGUAGUGAUUCUCUUUUUAAACCGGCAGCGACUAGUCAAGUCAUCUUUUGAUUUAACUCUGCACCUAUAUAUCCCUACCUAAGUGUAUGCUCACUCUUUAAUUACUCCUGGUUGAGUAGUAUUGUUUCCUUUUCUA